AUUCAAUCAAUGCUCUUUGCAUCUUCUGUUAGACUGUUACCUCUCUCUCUCUCUCCUCUCUCUCUUUCUCUCUCAUCUUGUUGGUGCUUCCUUCUCCUUCCCCAUUCAUCAAUGGCGGAGGUUCCUCUGCUCACCAAUAAGUAACUGCCCAAUCUCCGCAACUGUACUCACCCAGAAUGCUACACUUGUUCACAAUUCAAUUCGCACUCUGCAAAACCCCCCUUUUCCUGCCCUACUCCCGCAAAACCCGCCUGACUUCUUCCUGUUUUUCUCGAUUUUGUUAAUUGAGUUUUGGUGUUUGUGGUUUCAUUAUUUGAAGAUUCGCUCGCAUGGUUUCCGGAUGCGCUCGCUCUCUUUUCUCUCCGGAUUCGUCUCCAUGUCUCUGCUCUGAGACUUUGCUCUCUCGCCAUAGAAGUGUCUGCGGAUUUCUCUGCGCCUGCUCCGCCUAGCGAUUAUACGAACUUUUGUUGUUGCUCCCGAAAAAGCUGGAGAAUAGUGAAAUGUUGGAUCUGAAUAUUGGUGCAGACUCCUUCUCUUGCGGAGACGAUGAAAUUGAUGUUAAGAAAACUAUUUGCAGCGCCGUCGAUGCUGAUUCUGUAACUUCCACCACCACCACCAACGCGGAGGCCUUCCCCGCCGGUCUAACCGAUGAGCUCGAUUCCAACAGCGCCACUCGCACCCUUGAGUUCUCUAUCCUCAACGAAAAAGUCGUCAAAAUCGACGAUGGAAUGACUAACGGUACCAUAAGCGACAGAAACCGCGAGCUUCAGCUUUUUCCGGCGGGUGCUUUGGCUUCAACUCCGGUGUCAGAUAAGGCCAAGUACUGGCUAAAUUUGUCGGUUCCUGAGGUUUCCGGCGGUAGAGGUGUGGAAUUGAGGAUUUUCGCUUCGCAAUUGCCGCCUAAAAACCAGGUGCAGCCGCCGCCGCCGCCGCAGCAGGCAGCGAAGAAGAGUAGGCGCGGUCCCCGCUCCCGGAGCUCGCAGUAUCGAGGAGUUACAUUCUAUCGCAGAACAGGAAGAUGGGAGUCGCAUAUCUGGGAUUGUGGCAAACAAGUCUAUUUGGGGGGAUUUGACACAGCUCAUGCUGCAGCUAGAGCGUAUGAUCGUGCUGCGGUCAAGUUUCGUGGAAUUGAUGCAGACAUCAAUUUCAAUAUCAUUGACUAUGAAGAAGACAUGAAACAGACGAAGAACUUGACGAAAGAAGAAUUUGUUCAAGUUCUUCGUCGCGAAAACACAGGGUUCUUGCGUGGAAAUUCAAAGUUUAGAGGCGUGACUCUGCAAAGAUAUGGACAGUGGGAAACAAGAACGGGCUAUUUUGUUGGGCAAAAGGACUAUGGCAAAGCAACCACCGCGCAUGAUUCGGAACUAAGUGUCGCCUGCUUUGAGUCUCGUAAUGAGAAGAAAGAGAUAAAUUUCACUCCUAUAAAUGGAGGUGGUAAAUUUGAUCUCAAUCUUGGCAUAUCUUUGUCUUCAAAUGACCCACAAUGGAAUAGCCUGUCACCCAAUGGAGAUAAAGAAAUGGUUGAGACCUCCUCUGCUUCUGUCCACAAGCUUUUAGUGGCAGCCAAAUAUGCUCCAACGGAUGGUAACAUGUAUUCUGGUUUCUCGCCGACUAGUAAGGAAAGAGCGAGUGGCGAAAACAUUCCCCUUCUGUCACUGUCUUCUGCAGCAUCAUCAGGAUUCUCAUCAGCGGCUACAGUUCCAUACUCGAAACUCCCUCAGCUCAACCAUAUCCGGAAAAUCAACUGACAUGGCCGAGCAAGCAGGAAUCGGGAAAGGAGACAAAAAUAGAGGGUCGGACUAUAUAAUAACCGAAAACCAGCGUCGCCAGGUACCGAUCGAUUAAGUCCCUUUUAUAUCAUAAUGGUGAGCGAGCUAAGACAUAGAUGAAGUUUUUAUAUCGUACUUAGUGAUGCAAUCGAAUGUUAACUGAGCCGAAGCCUGGUUGAAAAUGAUCACUCAAAAAACAGGGGAUAUGAUAGGACAUGAAUGCAGCAGUUGUGAAAGUGAAAGUGAAAGGAUAGGUUUAGAAUGUUAUGGGGAAGGUGAUAGAUACAAUAUGGUGUAUGUCUUCAUCAUGCUCAUUCAUUUGAGAUUUCGUAAUUGAUAUUAAUACAAGAAAUAUGUUCAUGUAGCACACCUAUAAAGUAUGAAUUAUUAAUACAGAUUUUAUCUAACUCACCUAUAAUCUGUCUCC